AUGGUUGACUCUCCCGUAGCCAGCUGUGAGGUGCCGCAAGGGGAGAAGGCAACCCGCGACACGGGCACGAAACCUAAACGCUUCCAAUGCAUGCGGUGUCAGACGCGCUUUGCACGACUCGAGCAUCUUCAGCGCCAUGAGAGAAUACAUACCCAGGAAAAGCCCUUUUGCUGUCAGUUAUGUGACCACCGGUUUACCAGAAGUGAUCUCUUGAUCAGACACCAACGUCUUUCACACAACAAAGACGGGUCUCGGAAAAAGAACCCACACACUCCCAAGACGAGGAAGUCAGCGGCCAGGAAGCUAAAUGCCUCCCAUUCCGCUCCUGCGCCAUACCCGCCCCCAUCCCCGAUCGUUGAACCUCCACUAUCAGGGGAGGAUGGGGAUAUACGAAUGCAUCCAGCUGGUGACGUGGAUCCACCUAUUUCCGUGCAAGCAAUCAUCGACGCUGGCAAACACUCUCUGGCCACACUGACAAUGGCCGCUGAGCAUGUAGCGCUCGAAAUGCCUGACCAAAUCGCCGACACGAACAUACAGACGAACCGUUGUUUGCAUUCAAUCACUGCCCCAGAAAAUGCUGAAUCCAGCAACAACUUCAGAAAAGAGCCAGCCUCCAGGCCACCAGAGCAGUCUGUGGUUAUCAACUCCUGUGAUGUUAACGUGGACUUUGAGACUUCCCUUGAUGAGCUUGCGCUAGUCCUGGAUAACGGUGUGCUCUCAUCGCACCAUUUUGCAGCAAUUGUUAGAUUGGAGCAGCCGACCCUGUUUUUUGCGCCGGAAUUGUCAGGCCAUCCAGGAAAACUUGGGGCAGGUCUCCCACGGCAAGCUGCAGCCCAUUACAAACAGAAUUCCGAUCAGACCGACAAAAUUUGCCCCCCUUCUUGGUUCUGGCCACGGCUUCCACCUCCAUUGCCUAAGGAACAGAGCUUGAAGCGUCAAACUGGGCAUACCAUUCCAUCGAAGACCCCGUUGCCUGAGAUUUCGCCUGAUGGCAUGCGAGAUAUUCAGUCAAGAUUAAGUGAAUUUUUCUCCGUAAUACCUGCUGGGUUUCAGCUACCUUCCCGUCUUGCACUGUCUCGUUACGUCGCUGGCUAUAUAAAUGGUUUCCACGAGCAUUUCCCGUUCUUGCAUGUCCCCACAAUGUCCGUCAGUAGUUGCUCUGUAGAGCUCAUUCUCGCCAUGGCCGCCUUGGGGACACAGUACUGCUUCGAGGACGAAAAAGCCAUUGAGUUGUUUUAUGCCAGUAAGAGAAUCGGGAUGGAGCGUAUUAGGCGUAGAGAGGCCAAACUUGCGGCAUUAAAUCGUCGCUCGAAGUCAGAAUUGGCUUCUUCAGCCCAUGGUAUGGAUGAUGCUUCAACUCCCCACGGUUCGUAUCGAUCCCAAUCCAUGCCUGGACCAUCUAACUUACUUCCGAAAUCGCAACCUUCCCCACUGGUAGCACCAGACCGAGAAGAUCUGAUUCAAGCAACGCAGGCGCUGUUAAUAUUAAUGGCAAUAGCAACGUGGGCAAAGCAUAGGGAAAUAGUGCGCGAAGCUCUGGCCCUCCAGAGCAUGCUCUCUACUCUUGUCCGAGACGAUGGCCUCCGAAGUCAUCCCGUGCCCGAUGAUAUCUCAUGGGACGAGUGGAUCCAAAUCGAAACCAGAAAACGGACGAAAUUCGCCGUAUACUGUUUCUUCAACCUUCACUGCAUCGUGUAUAACAUCCCAUCCCUCAUCCUGAAUUCUGAACUCAAUCUUCAACUUCCCUGUAGCGCGGUAGAGUUCAAUGCAUCCAACCGGCUGAAAUGGCUGGAGGCGAGAGGGAACGCUGGAGGUCCUCAAAUAGAUUUCCAGACAGCAGUUAGCCGCUUGUUCUCGCAUGGUGGGCACGACAUCAUGGAACACAAUUCAUCGCUGGGCAAUUACAUUCUAAUCCAUGCGAUAAUCCAACAUAUAUAUUUCCUCCGUCAGUUUUAUGGGGGUAGAUUCGAUGGCAAUCACGAUGUGGCACCGGAUGAUCUAGUAACAACCGAGAACGCACUGCGUAACUGGCAAACAGGCUGGAAAUGCCAUGUCGAAUCACACCUCGAUCCACAGGGUGCUAAUGGGCCGACGGCAUUCAACUCAACUGCGCUUCUGCAACUCGCCUAUAUUAGGUUGAUUGUCGAUACAGGCCCCGGACGGGCGCUGGAUACUCGCGAUCCGGUACAGAUCGCCAGAGCGUUUGCUGCAAGCCCGCGCAUCAAACGCACGCCGAAUCUCAUUCGAGCAGUCCUGCAUUCCGUCCACAACCUGAGUGUCCCCGUGAAAGUCGGAAUUCGACUCAUGUCGCGAACACAGUCAUUCAUCUGGUCAAUUCAGCACUCUCUAUGUUCCCUGGAAUGCGCCUGUUUGCUCAGCAAGUGGCUGGAAGCGUUAUCACUUCCCCAUCCAGAUCCGCCGGUGACGGAGGAUGAGUGGCGGAUAGCUGCACUUGUAAAAAUGAUGCUGGAUGAAACGGAAUUUGCUCCCUUGGAGAUCAAGUCUCUGAAUUCUGCCGUGAUGAUCAAGCAGAUAAAUUCGGGUGUGCUGCGGGUGUGGGCGAAGAUUUUCGGAGGGACGCAGACUUGGGCUAUUGUUGAUGUUAUUGGGAGUUCGCUGAAUGUGUAUGCGGAUAUGAUUGAUGCAGAUUGUUGA